AAAAACACAUUUCGUGUGCUCUGUUAGCGACGACUGAUCCGUUCAUCCGUCCUCUGGCUGUUCACCCGCAGACAAAGAUGGUUUCUCCGGUCACUGUGGUCAAGAGCGAGGGUCCAAAGCUUGUUCCGUUCUUCAAAGCCACUUGCGUCUACUUUGUUCUGUGGCUACCCACCUCAAGCCCCUCCUGGUUCAGUGCCCUCAUCAAAUGUCUGCCCAUCUUCUGUCUUUGGGUUUUUCUACUUGCCCAUGGCAUCAGCUUUUUAGGUGCCCACUCCAGUGCCAGGAAAAUCCUGGCAGGACUUAUUUUUUCAGCUUUGGGUGACGCAUUUCUCAUCUGGCAAGAACAAGGCUACUUUAGUCAUGGACUGCUUAUGUUCGCCAUAACCCACAUUCUCUACUCUUCGGCCUUUGGGAUGAAGCCCCUCAACUUGAGAGCAGGUCUGGUCAUUGCUGUCAUCUCAGGCUUCAGCUACACCCUACUGUACCCCUACCUCUCUGGUCCCUUCACCUACCUGGUGGCUGUUUACAUUGCUCUCAUUGCCUUCAUGGGCUGGAGGGCCAUCGCUGGAGUCCAGCUUGCCAAUUACCUCUGGACCUGGACUAAACUGUCGGCCUGCCUCGGAGCCGUCCUCUUCAUGGUGUCCGACCUCACCAUUGCCGUCAACAAGUUCUGCUUCCCAGUGCCCCACUCUCGAGCCAUCAUAAUGGCCACCUACUAUGCUGCCCAGAUGUUGAUCGCAUUGUCGGCUGUGGAAUGUCAAGACGCUGAUGCGGCUCGGAAAAGAGCCUGAGGAAGCACACAUUAACCAACCUUCCCCUAAUGACUCAACAUCGUUAACAGCUACACAGAUUCAAGUUCCACUUUCUGCAACCCCUGGUCCAUCCACAGUUCCCCUGUCUGACCGUGGCCGGGAAAUAUUGGUUAUAUUUGAGGAAUUGCCAUUUUAAGAUCAUGUGAGACCAAACCAAUGGAAGAAUUCUUGCUGGAUACAUGUACAAGGUUGGAUAGUCUUGGACUCUUAGUCAGGUUGACUCAACCCAUAAUUACAAUACUGCAUUUGUUUCCUCUAGGAGCACCAUCAUUUUGGUAUUGAGAAAGGAAAGACAGAUUAGUUUUGGCCUUCUGGUUACUAGAUCCAAAUAUUCAGAUUUUCCCAACUUAGCCAACUUACUUUCCCAUUAAGUGUUGUCUCCAUUUUGACAGAGACUAUUGCAGUGUCCUCUAAAUGUAGGACAACGUAUCUUGUCCACUUCAGAGAGUCCCUGAUGGCUUAUAUUGUGAACAAAGAGUGAGUCUUGAGUGACAUAGUGUCUGGCUCUAUAAUGGACUAGCAAACAAUAUAAAGUGGUUCAGACUCUUCUGAGGGGGCUGGUUUCCCCGUCUCACUGUAGAUUUCCCAAAUCUAAUCAGAGAGCAGCAUGAAAACCAUUUUAUACUAUAGCAGAUAUGUUAGCGUAGUGCUGCUGUAUAGCCUUGUCUUAGCAUUGUGAGGUAUACCUUAUCCUGUGUCAUUGACACAUUGCAAAGUCAUUUUGUUUCAUAACUUGAGUUAGUACACAAACCUCCAUGCCUACAUGUGCUGGAGAAGUUGUCUUGUCAUGCCUAAUUGACUGCAACCAGUGCUAGCAUUGUCUC